UACUGGGUAAUUUUCUUGUAUACAUAUGUACAUCUUGUUUUUUGAUCAACAUAAAUUCAGAACGAUUGUGCUGCUGUGUACAAAGUCAAAGUGUACAAACACAUCUGUUUGGGCAUUUAUUAACAAAUAUAUAAUUAGAUUCUGAGAUAACGAAGGGAGAGUCAAGUGUGAAGAAAGAUUUAUUCCGUUGAAAAAUGUUUAGUACCAAGUCGUUGGACGUUGUGAGUUUCAAUUCGGAAUUGUCGACUACAAAGUCAGAAACUUCCGCAAACGUUCAAACCACGGAAAUAGUUUAUACUGCCGGUGACACGCAAACCACUGAAACGAGAAGCAUCGGGAUUCAGACAGGAAACGAACAAAAGGAAAAUGUACAAGUAGAUUAUGACAAAUUGGCAGAGUUUUUAAACAGAGUUACUCCAGGAGUAUUAGAAGUCCUCGACGAAGCUUAUGGUACCAGUGCUUUUGACGAGUAUGAUCCCGAUGUCACGGAGGUAUCCACUGCCAAUAUAAAAUUACUGAAAAAGAUAAAUACCUUGAAAGAGUCGGAUGCCCAGAUCAAAAUAAGUGACUUAUCUUGGAGCACUGUCGGUGGAACGUUAGCGGUAGGCCACAGCUAUACCUAUCACAAGGCAUGGUGCGAUCAUAUCUCUGCCAUUCAAUUGUACAGUCUGACAGCUGAUGAUCUUAUGGACGCACCUGUCAAAACAUUGGAAACAAACGGAUGCGUCACAGCACUGUGUUAUCAUCCGGUCGAGCCAUCCAUUCUUGUAGCUGGAUUAUCCAAUUGGGACGUUUUGGUUUGGAAUCUCAGGAACGACGAUUCUGUCACACCUGUACACGUGUGUACGCACAGCGAUUGCGUAUCUCAAGUGUAUUGGAGACCACGAUCAGUAAAUGACGUGACCCUGUUAGUGAGUUCCAGCAGAGACGGAUACAUACUGACUCACAAAUUGUCGGCCAACUUUACUACCGUUCAGCUGCAUAAACGAUUGAAGAUAGUCAAGGAGCGAAAUCCCGUAGAAAACGCGAGGCCACGCAGUGCCGGAGGAACCCGCGAGCGUGCUGCGGAAGCGGGAUUGUGCAUUACGAGCUUCGAUUUUUCUCCGAAACACUCGAGCAUAUUUAUCGUUGGAACGUUAUGCGGUGGAAUCUACAAAUGCAGCUUGGACAGUGUGACUCCUAUCGAGGGAGACGCCACGCUUAUAGAUCCAGUAAUCGACGAGUAUGAGAGACGUGAUGGUAGUAUCACGUGUAUCAAAUGUUCACCGUUACGUAAUUUAUUUGUCUGCAGUGCUACGGAUAAAGAAGUUUGUAUAUACGAUCUUGAUGAGCACGUUAGUCAACAAGUCAUUUCUGUGGACAAUACAGUCGUAGGAUUAACGUGGCUAACGGGUAAUCAAGAUAUAUUCGCGGCGUAUGGAGCGGAUGUAUUCGUAAGAUUCUUCAACGUCAUGGAUGGUAAACCCGUGACGUGUGCCAAGUUCGAGGUGACAAGCAAAGAAAGCAUCAGCAGCUUACGCAUCAAUUCUAAGAGAGACAUGGUAGCUGUUGGAGAUGUGCGUGCGAAUGUUGAAAUAUGGAAAUUUCCACGUAACUUGUUUUGAAUAUAGUUCUCACUGACGCAAGUGCUUGCUAAAUGGACUUAUCAUCGCCACAUAUGCUUUUUUUGAUCGCACAUGUGUAUGCAACACUUUUUACUGAAAUAAAUUAUUUGGAACAAUAAACUCUUUCGAACUCUCACUUCACACGUUACGUUCGUUCUUUCCUUGAGUAAUGAUGACAACGCAAUUCUUGAAUUAACACUUUUAUUAAUCGAUAACUUUGUUCAUCUCGCAUCGGAACUUCUAAGACUAUAAAUAUUCAUCAAGAUAGACUGUUCCUGAAUUAAAUAAAAAUAUGCAUUAAUCAAUUAUACAUAUAUAAGUUCUUUAAACAAUUGUUGGAAUAAUUUAAUGACAUAUUUUAUAGUCUGCCCAAUGUUACUUAAUUUUAUCUAUUAAUCCUUUGCCGUGCGAAUUAGUUUGGCCCUUAAUCCCUACCACGAGUCUGACUCGUGAUUUUCAUUUUUGGCUUAGAUUCCGUACGAUCCUGAUGGGUUAAAAUAUCUCUGUACAGUUAAAAAAAUAAAUUUUACCUGUGUACAGCCAUUCAUGAAAUUGUACGAUCUGAAAGAAAACAAUUUAAUAUAUGGGAUAUAAGGAAAUAAUUUUAUUGUAUUAGGUAUAUGCAAAUGUUCAGGUACGAUAAAGAUUUAUCCUAAAAAGGACAGAGUUUGUUGCACGUCUCGUCGUACCUGUUGCCUUGAUGUUCCUUGCCCUGAAAAGGGCAGUUUCUUGCAUGUCUCUUGGCAUGCCUGUUGCCCUGAAAAGGGCAGUUUUCAGUUUUGUUCUGAUAAGAACAGUUUGAAUAUUUUACCGUAUUCAUGUUUAUUGUUUGAACUGAGAAGAUGCAGCAACAUUCAUAUGCAUUUGCGGGUCCUGGGUGGGACCCUAAAAAAAAAUGAAAAGAUUAUGAGGAGAAAUCUGGGAUUUGCUUGGGAUACAACAGGAUAUACCAUGAGGAAACAAAAUUAAAGGUGAUUUUCUUGUAAAUCUUGAAUAAUCAGGAUCUUGUAGAUUUUCAGUAUAAUGUAAAGCUUCUUUUUUUUAAAAAAAAAAGGGAUAACAGGAAAAGGAUAUGAGGAGAAAAAUAGGACAAUUGAAAACUUCUUCUCCAUGGAUUUUUUCCUUCGUUUCUUUCAUGAAAAGAAAGAUGUCGGGAGUCCUCCAGUUUUUCUCAACAUGCAGACUCUAAAGAUUCCUCCAUAUCUUCUCAACGCGUGACAGCGUUUCUUUUUAGCGUGGAACUCGUCAGACGAGUUCACAACUUGUUCCUCCAUCGUUUUCUCUCAACUCCCUCAUCCGAUGUCUUCUCGAACGCCCAAUAGUUAUGCUAUCUCGGUUUUUGCGUUUACUUCCUCCUUCUUGUCCUUCUUCUUUCUCUUUGUUAAACAACAUGACAUGCGCGUCAUGCAACUCGCAUAAAUGUCUCCAAGUACAAACUCCGUCCCCGCGUAAAUAGAUGAAUAAUUGCGCUGCGCUGAGAUAUACUCUGGAAGUUACUCAGGGAGAGAAUGGGGACGGAAAAUUCUGGUAAAACGCUGUCAUGGCGUUCCUCUCUUCUCUACUUUUCUCUCGCGUGAAAACUCCGUUUGGAUUUUCCCGCUUCAUUAUCGAGGAACUGAAAUUCCGGCGUUCUUUGUCGUUUUCGUCACCUUCGGCCGGAAUCAGCUUCCUGUAUUAUUGCACGCCAAACUUCUCGACUGUUUUCUCUUGCUUCCUCUUUCGCACCUUCUCUCUUCAUCGAGCUUUCUCGUGUCUCUUCUCUUUUCUCUCUCUCUCUCUCCAUGCAUCUCUCGUACAUUCACACAUACUCUCUUCCUCUCAUCCGGUUUUCAACUUCACACUUGCAUUUUUUUCUUUUUUUUGGUGCCUUUUAUAUUCAAAAAGACAUUUUCUGGUCGGUUUUUCUUCUUGGGAAUCUUGACACCCGCCUCGAUCACUCGCUCGCAUUCAAGAUCUCGCUCUGCUAACGAGCGGAGAGCGUUUUUAUAUAUACUUGCUGCUCCGCUCUUCGCUCAGUGUUUUGAUGAUCAUUCGCGCCCGAAAUACUUGCAUUUGUUCUUCUUUUACUCUCCUUCUUCCUCUUUCUUCUCCGUACAUUCAUUGUACUUGACAGUACGUCUCUCUUCUAAUCGAACGUCACUAAACUCCCGUUCACUUCAGUCCUCUUCCUCGAAGAACGCACCAGCAUUAUAAACGUGCAAAGCAAAGUAUAAUAUAAACAGUUACACCUCUAGAUACAACUCUUCUUCUCGACAAUACCGUCGAGUGUGCUUUUAAGCGGACAGAGUUUCCGGAAAACCUUCAACCCUCUUUCGCGUCCGCGUUAUUCUGUUUGAAAUUUCACGACCUGUGUCUUUCAAUAUUUGCCUUUGAUUGUCUCCAAUCAUCUGCAUCCUGCAUUCUGCAUCUUGUCGACAUCUUCUCAAUCGAUCUUCACUUCGUAUUCUUUUCUCACGAACGCCAAGAGCAAGAACGAAAGAAGAAAUCACAACGAUUCCUCGCUGUAGUGUGCUUCUCGAUAAAAUGCAGUAGCGAGCGAAGUUGGCAUCCAUCGACGUCACCCAACUCGCUAUCUGCUCUUUCUCUGGUCUCUUCUCUCGGUAGAUUCCCGUGGCUCUUCCUUGAUGUUUCCUUCCUUCCUCUAUUGCCUAUUGCCUCGUCGAAUGCGCAAGCACGAAACGGUUGUUUCGCAGCGAAAACAACGGGAUGCGCAUCAGAAGGUGACUGCUGUUGGUCGUCCAUGUGCCCUUCACCUUUUUCCUUUCUCGUUCCUCGCGCAAUUAUGACGGUCCCGUCGUCGCCACGAUGUCGGCAUCUUGCAUCCCCUUGAAUCAUCCCGUCUCGAGAACAGGUGAAAGGCUGCUCGGUCUUUCUUCUCGACUCGCUUGAAUUGCUCGUCUCGAAUACAACCGGCUGGAGGAAUACUUCCCUUUCUUUCUCGAAGACAGUCUUCAUUUUUUAUUGAAGAUUAUUCUUGCCUUCGCAGACAUGAUAACUUCUUUUCGCAAGGAUUCCACAUUCUUGAGAAGACGCAAGUUCGAUGUCGGACCGUCGUCGGGUGGACAAGACAACGAUCGAUGGAUUAAUUCGCUCUUGCGCAUAAUAACGAUCCUCCUUUCUUCUAUCUUCUGCUUUCCUCUCAUAUUUGUUCUUUUCGCACUUAAUUCUCGUGGGUUUUUCUUCGCUAUUUACCGGCGGUUGAGUUUGGACUUGAACCGCUCGAACAACUCAGCGAUACGGGCCAGGCUUACGGCUUCCGGAAAUCUUCCCCUCUCGCGUAGCAAAAUAAUUCUCUCCCGCUUCAUCAGUAUCCGAGGGGGGCAUCCACAAACCCCCGCGCACGCGCGUUUAUCCCGCUUAUUUACAAUUGCUUAAACGUAUAUAUCGUCGUUUACAUCACUAUCGUCAUUUAGCUUUGAUCGAUGCUUUCUUCCCUCCAGCUCUUCGUGUAAAGAGUUAGACUAUCAAUCGCGCGAUACUGUUUACCUUCCAGUUGGGUUUUCAGAAAUUUCAACUAUUUCGUUUUUCUUAUCUUGCUGCAAAACGGAUUACAGUCUUGUGUACUCUAGAAACGAUGACGAUAAUUAUGCGUUGCAUUUCAUCGCGUUUGUGACAGAAA